GGAUGAAACGUGUGUCUACUACUCACCAAUAACGUAUAAUUUUCGAGAAAAGAAUCUUACUGAUGUAAUGUUGCCUACGCAACUAAAAUACUAUUGACUAUCACUAUCCAAUCUCAGCAUAGCAUAAUCUCAAAUUUAUUAAAUAUAAAAUCUAACUUUAAACUAGUUGUAUCAUUAAUUAAUCUUUUUUGAGUUACUGACUUUCAUAACAAAAUGCUAAAAGAAUAUUUUUUGUUCUUAAUAAUAUCUCAUGGAAUUUUUGCAUAUCCCAAUCAAAACAACAAAUAUGAGAUUCGUAUGCCAGAAAUAACAACAAUAAUGGACGAUGAAUAUUGGUGUUAUUCACAGAGAAUUGAGAAUAAAACAUUUUACAUAACUGGAUUCAAGCCUGUUUACGAUCCUACUCUUGUUCAUCAUCUUAUUUUGUUCGGAUGUGACAAGCCAGGAAGUACAGAAGGUUUAUGGAAAUGUGGUGAGAUGUCGGAUGACGAAACACCUGUAUGUAAUGCAUCUGAGUCUAUUUUAUACUCUUGGGCUAUGGGAGCUCCGUCCUUUGAAAUGCCUGACGAUGUGUCGUUUAAAGUUGGUUAUGAAACGCCAUAUAAAUAUUUUGUACUACAAGUUCAUUACAAAGAUGCUAUGAAUUUAGACGAGAAAGAUACAAGUGGAUUAGAACUCACUACCCAGUCUACGCCAACUGGUAAAUUGGCUGGAAUAUACAUAUUGGUUAGCGGUGAAGAUAUUGGACCCAGUCAAAUAGCUCGUCUGGAUGUGGCAUGUUCAUACACAGGCAAUGCUACAUUACAUCCAUUUGCCUUCCGUGUUCACACUCAUAGUCACGGUGUUCUAUCUAAAGGUUAUGUUGUUGAUGGAAAUGAAUCUUAUCUUAUUGGAUCUAAAUCACCUCAAGAACAUCAAACAUUCUAUCCAGUGCAAAACCAAUCACUUGAAAUACACAAACAAAAUAUAAUUGCAGCAAGGUGUAUAAUGCAAAAUAAUGAGAGUAGAAUAAUUCGAAUCGGAAAUACACGAAAUGAUGAAAUGUGCAACUUUUACAUUAUGUAUUGGGUUACAAAUGACAAUGAACAACAAUUAUAUGAUACAAAUAAUCAAGUUUGUUAUGUGGGUGAUGGAUCGGAUAUUUAUGAGAAUUUUCAAGAACUUUAUAAAAAACUACUUGAUAAUUCAUUCUUUCCAGAUUUUGAAUUUAUGAAUCCGGACAUAAAUGACUUUUUUGAUAAUUUUGAAAAUCCAUAUUUAAAUCAACAAAUUGAACCAUAAAUAAAUAGUUGUUGCCGUCUUUUACAAUAAUAGAAGUAAUGAAUGUCAUACAAAUUAAUGUGUAUAUGUGUGUGUGUGUCAACUGUGAUUUGUUAUACAAUUUCUUGUUUGUUUUUUGUUUUUAACUUUAUUUUUGUGUGUGUGUGGAUAAUUAUCUGUGAUUGUUUUGUCUGUUUUAACAUUUGAGUUAAUGUUGUCGUUUUUAUUUUCUUCCAGUUAUUCCUAUCACUAUGUUUCUGUUUAUUGUAUAUUGUCAGCAUGAGUAUUUAUCUAUUUUCUCAAAAAUAAACAAAAAAAGGAAGAAAAAAAACAAGAACAAACAUUUAUUUCAACAUAAGAUUGUACUAGAGUGACAUAUAUUUAUUUGGUUAAUUUUUAAUUGACAGUUUAUCAAUACAAUAAUAUAUAUUAAGAUAGAUA